AUGUCUCGUGAUCCUCCUCGAAAAUCUUUCUAUAACCGGGGACGCGAUUGGGAUAGUAAUGACUACAGAAAUCAUCAAAUGUCGAGAAAACGAAGCAGAAGUCCAAGCCGAGAUAUAAAACGCCGCAGUCGUUCGCCUCGAAAAUCUGAGAAAGAAUUAUUAGACGAGAAUAUUUUAAGUGAAAUAUCCAAAUUACCGGAACCCAACGAAUUAUGGGACAAUCAAUUUCAAGAGAGUGGAUUUAGCGGGAAUGCUGCACCGCCACCGCCUCCGUUUUCACAAGAUGGCACUUAUCCCAGCAAUUACCAGCCGUCAUAUUCGGGUAUCUAUGAUGACUUCUCAUCUAUACCAUCAGCACCACAUCCACCAAAUGUUUCCAGUUGGAACCAGGUGCCAAUGCGGCCUACUCCACCAGCACAACCAACAUUUGUUAAUAAUGUUGAAGACCAGAUAAAAAAAGAAGCGGCGAUCGAGUCAGAAAUGCGACAUCAAAAGGCGGCGUUGUCGAAACAACGGGAGGACUGCAUAAAAAAAGCUUCAAUUCUUAAAAAAGAACUCGAGACCCUGAAAGAACAGCGAAAUGAACUCCACAGCGAUCCCAAACGAUCUCCAAGUCCCGACACCAAACGAUUUCUGAAAGAAAAUACUAAAUUACAGUUGGAGAUCCAGAAUAAGCUGAAGACGAUCAACAAUGUGGUGGAUAUGUUAAAUGGGCUCAUUGGUGAGGAAGCACAAGUGGAAAAAGACGUAGAUGACUCAACUGAGCGCUCUUCAAAGCGCAAAUCCAGGUCGCCGUCGGGCAAGAAGUUCAACUAUGUGUACUACGACCCGGAGAUGCACUGGUGUCGGGUCUGCAAUGAGUUUCCCGCCACUGCUAAGGACUAUUUGACUCAUUUGCAUUCACCGGGACAUCACAAAAUGGCAGCAGCACAUAUGGAAGCACCGUGGCACUCAGUGCCCUGCAUGAACGAAGGCUUCCCCAAUUAUCCGUCUGCACCCACUAAGCGCACUCCUAUCAGAGGUCUCCAAUUCUUUGUGCCGUCAACGGCGUGGUACUGCAAGCUCUGUGACCAGUUCAUCGGGGAUCUGCAUUGUGCUUCCGCCCAUCUCAAGUCGAUCGUUCACUCUAAAAAUUACACUAAUUUCGUGGAACAAAACCCGCACUGGGACACAGAUUGGAUGUCAGAUAGACAAAAAGCAUUUGAGAAGAGCCGAGCUAAAGCAAAAAUGGAAGAAAAGCCACAAUAUACAGCUCAUACUAUCACAUUCUGUAAGGAUGGUUUCCACACAAAAACACAGAAAGACAGCCCGCCUCCAACAUCAAGCACUGAAAAGAAAAGAAAGAAGGAGAAAAAGAAGAAGAAGGGAAAGAAAAAGCGAGCAGUCAGCAGUUCCUCAAACAGCAGUUCAAGCAGCUCUGAUAGUGAUUCAAAAAAACCUAAAAAAAAAAGAGAAAAGUUGAUUGAGGACAAGGCACUGUCGGAGUGGAUGUCAGCAAUACCGAUGAACAGUCUGAACUACAACGAAAGAAAACUCUUGGACAGCUUGAAAAAUAGAGCCGAAGUGGGUGAACGUCGAAAAUCCCACACACGCGAAGAGCGAGAUAGACGUGAAGACCGCCGCAAGGAAGAGAGGCGAGAUGAGAAACGAGAGGUAAGGCAAGACAGGAGAGAGGAUAGAAGAGAAGAGAGGUCGGAGAGAAGGGAAGAGCGGCCAGAGAGAAGGGAAGAGCGGCCAGAAAGAAGGGAAGAAAGGAUAGAAAGAAAGGAAGAGAGGACAGAGCGAAGGGUUGAAAGGGAAGACAAACGAGAGGAGAGGCGAAACGAAAGCCGUUCGCGAUCGACGCAGGAGUCAUCGGAUGCUAAAAAACCUGAGAUAAAAAAGAUGCCCUUCAUUGGUAAGAUGCCUGUGUUCAAAAACUUGGGAAAAAAGGAUAAUACAAAAAACGAAGAUCAAAAGAAGGAAGAUGAAAAAAAGAAACAAGAAGAAGAAGAGUCAAAUAAGAAAAGAAGGGUGGAAAUGGACGCCGAGAUACAGAAGAAGGUGGCAGAGUUUAAAGAGAAGAUAGCGAAGGCUCAGUUAGAGAAGGAGCAACAGGAUAUGGCGCCAUCUUUGGCGCUCUCCGCUCAGCUCGGCUUCCUUCCACCACCGCAGCUCAUUACUCCGCCAAUGCCGUCGGUGCCGCCGCAGCAGACGCCGAACAACCUGCCCAAGGACUUCCAGGACGCGCUGGACAUCAUCUUCCCGUCCAGCAGCAAGCCGCAGGAGCUGUCGCAGCAGGACAUGUUCAUGCCGGGGCUGGCGGGCUUCCCGGUGGUGCCGCCCUUCGCGCACUUGGGCCUGGUGCAGCAACCCGUCUCCCCGCUCAUGAUGGGCUUCGACCUCAACGCGCAGCUGUUCCAGCACCCGCAGGGCCCGCAGCUAUACGACCCCCACGUGCCCGUCGUGCCCAACAACCACAAGAGGAACAACAAGCAGCACCAGAGGAACCAAAAGUCCAACCAGAACAAACAGACCAAUCCCACUUCGAAGGAAGUAGGACAGGAACCAAAGCCGGAGGAGAAAAAGGAAGCGAAACACGAACCCAAGCAGAAAAACAAGGAGGAGCUGGACGAACUAGCGAUGCUCGGAAUAGACGCUUCGGACGUUGGCGCUGGAAUGUGA